UCAGAGUGGAAAGGUUGGCAAGAUGAAGAAAUGGCAGCCGGCGCGCUGCGGUGUUGGCAGUGACCAAAAUGGCUCAUUUCUCGAUAGAUCACCGCUCACACCUACACGGAUUACUUUAAUAUGAGGAAUUUACUUCAAAAUCCCAUAGAUACAUUCAACUAGGAGCGCGUUUCUAAGACUUUGAAGCAUGGUUUUACUGUAUGAGAUGGUGUGGCGGUUUUUGCACGCGCUGCUCUAUGUCCAGCGCGCGCUGGUCGCCUGGUUCCGAGUUCAUAUCUGGAGGUGGAAACGGGCCGUGGUGGGCUUAUUGCUGCCCCUUGCCCUCGGCUUUCAUAAUCCGAAAAAGACUGGAGCCAUAGGCAAACGGACCAGUCGUCGGGUUCGCUGGGGAGCCGAUGGCAGGACGUUAGAGAAGCUGCCUCUUCAUGUGGGGUUAUUGAUCACUGAGGAGGAGAUCCACUUCACUGACGUCGCCAAUCUAGUGGUCUGGUGCAUGGCAGUGGGCAUCUCAUAUGUCAGUGUUUAUGAUAAUCAAGGUGUGUUCAGGAGGAAUAACUCCAGACUCAUGGAGGAGAUACUGAAACAGCAGCAGGAGCUUUUGGGAAUGGACAGCUCCAAAUACACGGUGGAGUUUAUGAAGAACGGUACAGAUAAACAAGAGCAUCAAGUGUUAUCUUGUCAGUCAGUGGUGAAAGUCUUAUCUCCAGACGAUGGGCGGCUCAGUAUCGUCCAGGCAGCCCAGCAGCUCUGCAGGGCCAUUGAGCAGAAGGAAAAGACAUCCAAAGACAUUAACGUCACUGUGUUGGACUCAUUACUUAGAGAGUCAAAGAACAUACCAGACCCAGACCUUGUGCUGAAGUUUGGCCCUGUGGAAAGCACACUUGGAUUUCUUCCCUGGCACAUCAGACUAACAGAGAUUAUCUCCAUGCCGUCCCACGUAGACGUCUCUUAUGACGACCUGUUCGGUGCUCUGCAGCGCUAUGCGACGUGCGAGCAGCGGCUGGGCAAGUGAGGAUCAGUCCGCAGAGAGCAGAACAGAAGGAACUGAAUGAGCGAGAGGGGAUGGAGGGGGUCCGUCCCUCUCUCUUCAUGUUUACAGUACAAGCACUGGAGCCUCAGCGCCAGCGACCCGCUACUGCUGCUCUUCUCCGCCCAGAUCAUCUCUGCUCUUCUCCGCCAAGGCCUGCCGGGCGUCUCUCUGUGUGUAUGUGUGUGAUUAUACUUGUGCGUUUGUGUAUGUGUGAGUCUCCCGUGAGUAACAACAUGCAGAAAAGGACGCAACCUCUGCCCUGCAAGCAAGCCGGUCGCUCGAGGAGCUUGGUUAGCCAUGUGGUGUAAAUUUGCCAUUUUUUUUUUUUACUUUCCUGUAUCUUUGGACACUUUGGAAUAGUGGCAGUUCGUAAUGGUGCACUGAACUCUACAGAAGCUGCGUACGGUCAUCCCAUAUGUCUUGCACAGCGAACGAGAGCCCCUGGAGAGGGAAUGCGCUUCUAGUUGCACAGCUGCUCUCAGACAGCGCAAACGUAUGAGAUUUUUCUAUUUCGACGAAUCUUCUGCAUGCUCCCAUUAAGGCUGUACAAGCGUGCUAUAAAUGGUUAUGUGUGUGUUUAUUCGUAAUUGUGUCGUUUGAAUGUGCACGUGCGUGCCACAAAUGACACUAAUUAGCGUUAAACCCUGAAGUUUGUAAUUCUAAGUGCGUAAAUUGAUUGCUCUACGUCGUUCCCCUCGAAAGCUCUCGCUGUUUGUAAUGGCACGUGGCGCUAUAAUUGUUUUUAUUUGAUUUUUAUUUGUCAUCAGUAAAUAUUGUUUCACUCAGAAGUCUGUUAUUUUUUUCUGUUGAUAUCUCUGGAUCAGAAAUGUUUCGCAUUAAUAUUUCGUGAGAUCCGUGAUUGUUUUUUCAUAGAAUGCCACAGGCUUUUCAUCAUUCUGCUCAGCACAAGAAGUCUUAAAUGUGUAAUUCAUGGGUUGCCGUUGGAAGGGUUGGUUUGCUAGUGUCCAGCGUGAAUGUACAAUAAACGUUACUGAAUCCUUUAACUGAAGUUGUAUUGAGAGUGGCAUUGAUUCUUCUGCGGUGGAGUCGAAAUGAAAAGAGGAAUGAUUUUCUGUUGCAGCUUCACUCUCACACUUCCUGCUUCUGACUGGUGUGCGGGUUUUUUUUUUUUUUUUUUUUAAUAAAACUUUUGUGUAUUUCAUCUGACAGUUCUUCAUCUGGCUGGCACUUUUAUCCAAAGUGACUUUUGCUCAGGCUAUAUAUUUUAUCACUAUGUUCCCUGGGAAUUGAACUCAUGGCAUUGGCAUUUCUAGUGACAUGCUCUAGCACUCACAGGAACCCGCUGGUAUAUUGGAUACAUCCUGAAUAAUUCUUCUACAGUAAUUCAGCUUUUCAUCCAUAAGGUUCACACAUACUGCCAGGCAAAAGUUUGGGCUCGUAAGGUUUCCUAAUGUUUUUUGAAAGAAGUCUCUUAUGUUCACAAAGGCUGCAUUUAUUUGAUUAAAAACACAGUAAAGCUGUAAACAUUGUGAAAUAUUAUUACAGUUUAAUGUAAUUUAUUCCUGUGAUGCAAAGCUGAAUUUUCAGCUUCAUUACUCCAGUCUUCAGUGUCAUGAUCCUUCAGAAAUCAUUUUAAUUUGCUGCUCAAGAAAUAUUUCUUAUCAAUGUUGUAAACAGUUUUUUUUUGUUUAAUAU